AUGGCCCAGAUGGUGGCUGCGGGCAUUGUAGCAAUAGGAAACUACUGCCUGGCAGCCACGAGUGACAGUGACGCAAACCGCCAACAGCCAGAGACGACGGCGUCUUUGUCAUCAUGCGCUCCAAACAUUUGCCCUCCACCUCCCAGCAGCGAGGUGCCGGUGGCCAGCUCCAAUGCUCAGCAGCACAUCGAACAACAGCUUCUUCCUCCUUCCCACAGCAUCCCGGAUGCUGCCAACAGUCUUCGUCGCGAUUACAAUUACGGCCUGACCCCAGGAACGGCCAGCACAGCAGGCAACAUGUCUCCUGUCCUGACCGUGGGCUCAUCGGAGCCCCAGCCUGGCUCUGAGCCCGUCCUAGAUCCCAUCUCCAGGCAAAUCCUCGAGAGGACCCAGUCGCAGAGCAAAUUGCCUGCCUCUUCGCAAGGCGGUGUGCCUUCCAAACCGCCUUAUGCAGACUCCGGUUAUUCCGACUCGGGCAGUCUGAAAGCCGAACCCGUUUCGUUGCGACGGGUUGAUAGUAGCAACUCGGGCAAGGAGAAGAAAAAAGGUGUCUCCUUCCUCAGUCGAAUCAUGGGUAACAAGAAGCGGGACUCCUUUGACCUUCACGACGACAAUGCUUCAGAGGUCGGUUCCGAGUUUCGACCUGCCGGCGUCGAGGCCGAAGUCUUUUCCCAGCCCGUCGGCUUCAUACCCAAGUUCCCUGCGCCGCCACGAUACAUCAAGGUCAAGGCCCAAUAUAGGAAGCAGAAGGAUUUCGACAGGUUGUUCCUGGCCCAGAUCCUCUUGGGGACGCCGCCAUCCAAAAGUCGCAAACCCGAGAUAGACUCGAAGAUCCACAGCAUCAACGACACCCCGGACGAUGUCGCGCCGCCGCCCCCGAGGAACUCGGCGAGCAAUGCCAUAUGGGCCAUGGAAUUCUCAAAAGAUGGAAGAUAUCUCGCUGCUGCCGGGCAGGAUAGAAAGUUGAGGGUGUGGGAGGUCAUAUCAUCCACCGACGACCGAGAAAUGGAGGAGAAACUUGCAGAGACCGACAACGAUGGGGAAAAGGUCAAACUCAACGCACCCGUCUUCAAGAGUAAGCUCAUACGCGAAUAUGAUGGCCACACGUCGAGUAUCCUGGACCUCAGCUGGAGCAAGAACAACUUUCUGCUGUCUUCUUCCAUGGAUAAGACCGUGAGGCUGUACCACGUAAGCCGGGUAGAAUGCUUGUGUGCGUUCAAACACAACGACUUCGUCACGUCGAUCCAAUUUCAUCCUCGGGAUGAUCGAUUCUUCCUGGCGGGCUCUCUGGAUUCCAAGAUUCGGCUGUGGAGUAUCCCGGACAAGAACGUCGCGUACUGGACGCAGGUCUCCGACAUGGUCACUGCCGUCGCCUUUACGCCGGAUGGAAAGACCGCCAUCGCCGGCUGCUUGAAUGGUUUGUGCAUCCUAUACGACACCGAAGGUCUCAAGGCGCACUCGCAAAUCCAUGUCCGGUCAGCCCGGGGCAAAAAUGCCAAAGGGAGCAAAAUCACGGGGAUCGAUACCAUCUCAUUGCCGCGGGAAGGUGGUCAGCCCGAUGUGAAACUCCUGAUCACCAGCAACGACUCGCGGGUGCGAAUGUACAACUUAAAGGAUAGGACCCUGGAGGUCAAGUUCCGUGGCAACGAGAAUUCCUGCAGCCAAAUACAUGCCUCGUUCAGCGACGAUGGAAAAUAUGUAAUCUGCGGGAGUGAAGACCGUAAGGUGUACAUCUGGCCAACAUCUGUCAAUGAGCGGCCCGAGAACGACAAACGCCCGAUGGAAGUGUUUGAGGCCCACUCCGCCAUCGUCACCACCGCAAUCAUGGCACCCGAACGGACAAGACGCCUGCUGGCACAGUCGGGAGAUCCUCUGUACGACCUCUGCAACCCGCCGCCAGUGACGUUGAUCAGUCGUGCAGACUCUGUCAUUUCCUCUCGGGCGCCCACAAACAACAGCAACCACUCAGAUGACAAACAUAUCAGGGACGAAACGAGGCUGUCGGAAUCUCCGCGUCGUGCUCCCGAGACACCCGCGUAUUUAUCUCGUCAUUCGCACCCAGGCGGCCAGAUAAUUGUCACGGCGGACUACACUGGACAAAUCAAGGUCUUCCGGCAAGACUGUGCUUUCCAGAAACGCCGACACGAGUCGUGGGACGCCAGCUCUAAUUUCUCCAGGAAAAUGCUUGGUCGGAGCGGCUCUGUGGCCACUCGCAAUUCGGUGAAUUCGUCCAGCCACCGGAACUCACUGGUUAUGAAUCCGAAGACGCAGUCAACGGACCGCAUCCUGAGCUGGAGGAAUUCUGUGAGUCCCAACGAUAUUGCCAACAACAAUGCUUCGACAAGCAUGCUGGAAAUCCGGGGCCAGCUGGCGAACAAUGAGCGGUCCCGCAGCGCCUCGCCUAGGAAGAUCCUGGGCCAUCGUCUUUCACUUCACAGAUCGGCACCUCCACGUAAAGACACUAUCACCUCCCCCAAAUCCCCCGAGUAUCAUUCGCCUUUACAUCAGAUCCAGAACGGUCCCUCGAUCACGGUGCAGUCGCCGCUCGCCGAAUCGCCCGGCAGUUUCCAUUCGGCCAACCAAAAGACUCCAGACCAGGAGUUGCUGUCGCCACAGAUAUCUCUAAAGCCUUUACCCUCAAAUCCCACGCCAGGUGAUCUCCCACACAGCCCGAACGAUCCGCUGUUCUUGGUGGACCAGCAAUCAUACCUCGCGUGGGAUAUGAAGAGCACAUUAUUACCCAUGGCCAAGCAUAUGCCCCGGACGCCGGGUUUGAUUGGGCCGGACGGCAACCCUCUCUCUCGCGCUGCCAGCUACAUAAGCCAGUUGUCCAGCGAACUUACUGGUUCCGAACGUGAUCCCAGUCCUGGCGGGAGUAUGGGUGAUGACAAGCGUGGAGCGUCGACGGCGGAGAACAAGAAUCGCAAACCCCGGUCCCGGAGGCGGAGCAGUGUGGGCAGCGACAGCGAUCUAAAAUGCACAAAGUGUGGAGGCACGACGUUCAAAGCGACGAUGACCGACAAGGGCCAAAGUUUCAGGUGUAAAAAAUGCGGAACUGCUGUUUGA